UGUCAACAAGAAGCAAUAUGGCGAUGCCGAAUCACAACCCUCCCCACGGUAUGGAAGCCUACGAUAUUGGCGCUCUUAGCCAAGAACAGCAGGAAAAACUUAACCAAUUUAAAAUUCAAACUAGAAUGGCAAAUGAGAGAUAUCUAAGACAGCAUCCUGAAGUGGAUCUUUUACUUGCUGGAUUCCUUGGUGACAUUUUAAUGAAAAGACCAGAGAAUGUUCGAGAGUUUGCUGCUUUCUAUUUCACCAAUCCAGACCUGCCAGAUAAAGUACAGAACCAAGUCCAAAACAGAGAAACCCAACUCCGAAAUGCCAGAAUAAAUCGGAAAAUCUAGCAUCCAUUGGGUGUCUCACUUUCUAUCGGAAAUAGAGAUCUAUUUUCUUUACUUACUCCAUCAUUCCUUAGUAUAAAUUAUUAUUGGCAGUAUUUUGUAUAAUUGGUAUGGAAUAUUGUGAUAAAUGUCUUUCAAUUCGAUUUCCUAGAAAUGUUCAGCUGUAGCUAUAAAUAAUGCAAACAGGCUUAAUUUAUUACUCAUCUGUUAUUACUUAAUGUAAAAUUACAGUAUAUACAUGUAUAUGUAUAAACACUGCUUCAAUCGCCAGGGUAUCGUUAAUUAUUUGAAAUGGUCAUUAAAUUCAAUAUUUCGCUUUGAAGUAUUAAACUAUGUAAACUCAUUGUUUUCAGCUUUAAUGUAUAUUUUUUAACUUUAUCGCCAUUUAACACAUUUUUCUCAUGCUGAAAUCUGUUUUUGUGUUCUUUGU